GCAUCCUUAUCGGAAUGUAAAUGCACUCAUCUCAGUUCUUCCUCGUCUUGAAAGUACCGAUCUCGAAGCUACCGGGGUCAGUCCAAUUCCAUCAGGACGCGUAAUAUGUGCUUUACAUCCUGCACAUCUUGAAGGAAGAUGUCCUGCACCAAGGAUCCAGAAGUGCUCGACAAAAGGAAGAUCACCGUUUGGCCGCAAUGGCUGGCUGUCUUUACGAUUGGUUUGGAAGCUAUUGUUAGUGGAUUAGCGACUGGCUGGGCCUCACCGUAUUUAGCGCAAUUAACAUCGGCUGAAAUGGACAUGCCGUUGAGGCUAACCGACACCGAGGCUUCCUGGGUGGCGUCCUUUCUGAAUAUUGGACGUUUGAUCGGGGCGCUCCUUGGCGCUUUUUGUCAAGAGUUCGUUGGACGAAAGAGGGUACUGCUGUUGUCGGGAUUGCCGUUAGCUUCGAGUUGGAUCUUCACCAUCUGCACCACAUCGGUCACAUGGUUAUAUUGGUCCAGAAUCUGCUCUGGGAUCGGAUCAGGCAUGUUUUGGCCCGCGAUGUCCUUAUAUCUCGGCGAGGUCGCUGAUCCCACGAUUCGAGGCUCGCUGAUAGCCAUGAACGUGAACGCAGCAUCCGUGGGUCUGUUCCUGGGCAAUGCGAUGGGUCCUUAUCUGUCCAUAGAGAUGUUCGCUUACGUGAGCCUCGUGCCGAAUAUCCUCUUCGUGGCCCUCUUCAGUCUGAUACCUGAGUCGCCCUAUCAUUACGCCCUUCAUGGCGAUAUUGACGAAGCCGAGGCAUCUCUCAAGUGGUUUCGGCGAGAGUCUGACGUCAAGGCCGAAUUGCAAGAGCUCCAGGAUUUCGUCAACGGCGCUGCUACCAGUAUCCUGACGAAACUGAAAGAUCUCCUACUACCAGCGAACUUGAAAAGCAUGUUGAUCAUGUCCGGCCUAAACGUCUUUGUGUAUGCGAGCUCAUACAACACGAUAAAUUCCUACGCGGAAAUUAUCCUGAUUAACAGCGGGGUGAGCAUCACUCCGUCGAUCAUAGUGAUGGUGUUGGGUUUCUCCACGAUUGUCGUCGGCUCCACCGUUACCUUCCUGGUGGACAGAUUCGGGCGGAGGAAUCUUCUGAUAGUUUCCAGCUUCGGCGUUGCCGUUUCACUCGUCGCUCUUGGCCUGCAUUUCUACCUCCUCUCCCUGAAUUUGAAUCCUGAAAUACUGACGUGGUUGCCAAUUACAUCUUUGCUGUCCUUCAGCAUCUUCGUAUCCUACGGUCUAGUCCCGGUGCCUAGCACUCUUGUAAGCGAGAUGUUCCCGGCGAAUUUCAAGAACGUGGCGUCGCUUUGCAUCGCCUUGGGAAACGCGACGUUCGCCUUCGUAUUUGCCAAGACCUAUCAGCCUUUCAUCGACAUAGCUGGAGAAACAACUGUCUACUGGAGCUACGGAUUUUUCGUGUUACUAGCGGUGCCUUACGUGUGGUAUUUCAUUCCCGAAACGAAGGGCAAAAGCUUACUGGAAAUUCAACAAACCACCAAGCAAUAGAUCGUCGCGGAGGAUCGAUGAUUAUCGAAAUCAACUUUUACAAGAAGUCAAAAAUUUGACGUCGAUUAUAAGCGUUGAUUAUGAGUCUAAGAGAAAACCGAUGGUGAACUUGGCUAAGAAUUUAUAAUAAAAAAAGUAUGACAAUCCUAGAACGUUCUAUAUAAAUUCGAAGUUUCAAGCAAUGAGUUAGGAAUUUGGAUAUUGGAGGAUCUCGGGAACUUGGAAUUAAACUAUUAAGCUGAUAUACUGACCCUCGAAAUCUUAAUCACAAUUCACAAUUUGAGAUUUAUGAGAUAAUACAAAUAUUUGUAUAUAACGAUAUUUUACAAAUCGAAUGGUUAUUUGAUUUUUAAAAUAUACUGUAACACACACGCUGCGCGUGCAAUAAUAAUACUUACGACACGAUUAAUUUAAA